CCAGUUCUUUGUCCAGGAGCGUGAUAGGAAGUUUACCAAAGUUUAUCAUACAACAGUAUGAUAAAGGUUAUUGCUUAGGCAGUUCUAAACUCUAACGUCCCUUUCAAUUCUAAUAUUCUAAGAUUCUAAGGACGACUAGAAGAGGCCAUAAGAGAGGGCUUUUUGAAAUCCGUGGACCAGGGUUCCUAUUACUGAGACAAAAACUUUAUAUGAUCUGCGGCAAAUCAUGUAAUCUGAGACUUAAUUUUUUUUCCUGUAAAACAAAAUGGCUGAGUUCUAGUACUCUUAAUCUACUUUCCUUCUUAUGUUACUUCAGGGAAGAUUUUUUUUUUUUUUGUCAUUUGGUUAACCUUUUGUGCCCUCCUUCCCAGUAUCGAUGAAGAAAUAUUAGGGAUCUGCACGAAUCCGACUAGCUCACCAGCUUUUCAAGGUAACCGUUUCCCUUCUUAUCUAAUCCACUUUGUGAUUUAAAAACCAUGUUCAGCAUCACCAGCAACUAUAACUUCUCUGUCUGUAGUCAAUAAACUCCACUGGUUUCCUAUUGGCUUCAGGAUUAAAUACAGAAUUCUAUUUGGCAUAAUUUCUUUUCUUACUUUCUCAACAUAAACUCUUCGUUCCAGUCACAUUGGCCUCCUUGGCUGUUUCAUGAACAAGACACUCCAUCUCUCCGUUUCUGGAAUUUUCUUUGCUGUCUCCCCAUAACUGGAAUGUCUCCCUCCUUCACUCUGACUGCUGAUCUCUGACUUCAAGUCCUAACUAAAAUCCCAACUUUUAUUGGAAAGCUUUCUUCCCCAACCUCUCUAAAUUUCAGUGCCUCCCCUCUCUGAUUACAUCUUUUUAAUCCUGGUUUGAUUUGUUUGCAUUUUGUCCACCCUCAUUAGAUUGCAUGCUUCUCGAGGGGUUGUGGCUGUCUUUUGCCAUUUUUUGGAUUUCCAGAUCUUGGCAUGCUGCCAAACAUGCAGGAGUUGCUUAAGAAAUGUUUGACCAUUUAAGCCAAACACGUCGAAACUGACAGGGGUUCUGACGGUAUCGAGUAGGGCGUCAGGGAGUGCCCAUAAUUACACAAUUAACAUUUUUUUAGAGUGCUUUUAAGUAUUUUGCAAAACGCUUUACACAGAUGGCCCUAAUUGAGUAUAAACAGGAAUCUUGGCAUUUCAAAUCACAGACCCUUCAAUGAUAUAAAGGAUUGAUAUCUCAGGGCAAGAUGUUUCCCACCUGGGCAAAGGCCGGUUUACGGAAGAACUCAGAGGGAGGUUAGGGCUAUGCCUCAGUCUCCACUAGGAAGGACGGGGGAACUUAUUAAGAGCGACCCAAAAACUAACUCACACUCCAGCGACCCCCGGCGACUGAGAGGAGGUAGAGCGCCCUCGAGUUUAAGGGGCAGGACACACGCGUGUCCUCGCGACUGAGGAAGGAAGUCUCGCGAGAUCCUUAGUAGCCAAUCAGAAGCUCAGGAGCGGAAGGCGGGGCCGGACGAGGUGAGGGGGGUCCCGGAGCUCAGAGCAGAAGGAAGAAACUCGUUCGUGUUCUUCUGUCUCCACUCACCUCCACUUCGGAUUGUGUUCUCCUAGCUCCGUUCGCCAUGGCCUAUCCGGGAUAUGGAGGUGGGUAUGGAGGUUACACUGGUCAAAUGCCUGGAAUGCAGAUGCAAAUGGGACAGCCAAUGCCAGGAACAGUACCAAAUAUGCCUCAUGGUGGAUACUCUGGAUACUCAGCAUAUUCUGGUUAUUCAUCAAGUGAUCCUAUGUGGACUUACUUUACUGCUAUUGCUGGACAGGAUGGUGAAGUGGAUGCUGAAGAACUUCAAAGAUGUUUAACACAGUCUGGGAUUAGUGGAACUUAUUCUCCAUUCAGCUUGGAAACCUGCAGAAUUAUGAUCUCCAUGUUGGAUAGGGAUUUCACAGGAAAAAUGGGAUUUAAUGAAUUCAAGGAACUUUGGGCAGUUCUUAAUGCCUGGAAGCAGAACUUUAUGAUGAUUGACCAGGACCGAAGUGGGACAGUUGAACUUCAUGAAUUGAGUCAAGUCAUUGCAGCUAUGGGUUACAGGUUAAGUCCUCAGACUUUAACUGCCAUCGUAAAGCGUUAUAGUAAGAAUGGCAGAAUCUUCUUUGAUGAUUAUGUUGCUUGCUGUGUGAAGCUCAGAGCAUUGACAGAUUUCUUUAGGAGAAGAGACAGCAUGCAACAAGGUUUUGUGAACUUUGUAUAUGAUGAUUUUUUGCAGGGUACUAUGGCCAUAUGAGUGCACAGCUGAUUAAUGUUAAGGGAGAGAGAUUAUCCUGUGAAUUCUUCCUCUCAGAAAGAACUAUAAUUGAACCUGUUGUCAACCCAAGCUCUUCUGGACUUCUCUUUGUUCCUGCCUGUUAUCUGUAUAACUGUUUUAAUCUUAGUGCACAGUUCAGAGCAAUAAAAAUUGUUUUGUUUAUGAUGUCAUAAUUUGAGAAAGUAUUACUGCAUAUUUUUCAAUCUGUGUAAUCUGAAAUAAUAUGAUUAAUGAAAAGUAAAGACCAGGCAUGAAAAUUAUCUUUUUAUCUUUACAGUUUUCGAUGAGUUUGGCUUUAGAAUAUUUAACCAGAAUGAUAAAUUGAAGAAUGUUUAAGUAAAAAGUCUAAAACUUAAAAUAAACUUUUUUCUUUAGUUUAUAAACAUUAUAUGUAAACAUUAGCAAAUAAAUGAAAAGGAACUGAGUUUUUGUACCCAUAUUUGUUGAUCAUGUAAUUAGGAAACAAAAACCUAAUUUUACCUAAAGGGGAAAAAACAGAAGUAAUAGUCUGAUGAUUAAUUUCCUAAGAAUUACCACCAUGUUUUCUUAUGUGAACCAAGAGACCUAAGUUUUUUGGAUGUUUUUUCUUUCUUUUCUUUUCUUUUUUUUUGGACUGUUUGCUAAUAUUUUCCCAUUUAUUUCAUUUAUUUUAGUAACAAACUAUAAUUCACAGUUUUAUUUGACCUCCUCAUUUUUAUUAGUGAAAGUAAAACCUUAAAGCUUGAAGUUAAGAGAUUGAGGCUUAUGUCCCCAGAUCUGUAAUGAAAUUACUUUGAAUGGAAAUGUCAACAUUUAUUAUUUACUGUAAAUUUUACAGUGUGCCAAAAUAAUGAUUGAAAAUUUAAAAGAAAUCAGCCACCAGUUGUUUUGUUUAAACAAUGUUUUUAAAAAGUAACUUUGAUUUACUUGAGUGAAUUGUUCUGGCAUUAGUCUAGCAAUAGACAUUUUAACUGUUUUGUACUCUGUACAAAUCAGUCUGUGAGGCACUAUUAAGAACUUAGAACUUCACUUAGAACUCCAUAUUAUUAUCAUGUUGUAAUAACUGAAUAAUUGACUCCUUUUGGCAUACCAUAAAUAGAUAAAUUAACUGUGGGGAGAUAUUUUGUUUUAUUUAGCCUUGUAUGGUGAUAAAAACAAAGUACUAGGAGUCAGGAGACCUGAAUUCUAGUCCCAUCACUAUCAAUAGCUAGUCACAGCUUCAGUGGGAGCAGUUUCCUUAUUUGUCACCUGAAGGGGUUGAACUAUACUACCUUUAAGGUCCCAUUUAUCUCUUAAGUUUGUAGCCCUUUUAUUUCAUAGACAUUUCCAAUUUUAUUUUAAAUAUUUCAAGGAACUUGAAAAUAGAAAAAGACUAAUAUAUUACUUGAAAACCUUCUGAAGAGUUAAUGGUAUUGUAUAACAUGAGAACAUAGUUAACAUGUGGUAUAUGAGCUAAGUGAUAUGCAUUUUUUUCUCUAGUUUUCCAAAAAGUAAUUUAACAUUUAAAGUUAGAGUAGUUUAGAAGAAAUAACAAUUAUCCAUUUAAAGCGUGAGGGCAGAUGGCAGCAUAUUGAUAAAAAACUUUCGUAGCACAAAUAGACAUUUGAAUCAACAUUCACUUUUAUAAUUUUUGAAAAGUAAAGUAUAGCCAAUUUAACAUUGCUAGUCUACAGUAACUGGUUGCCUUUAAAUUUCAGUAAGUAAUAUGUAUAUUUUUAAACAUGAAUGUUUAAAGAGGACUUAUCUGGAAACCAUGCACAGUCUGUAAAUUCUCUCUACUUCUAUAAAUACCUUCCCCCUCUUAAAUACUGCCUACUCCCUUCAACUGUUCAUCUGCUUUCAUAUGACAACAGUUUGUCAGUGUGGGAAGAAGUUGACUGAGCCGUAGUAAAAUAUAUUUUUUUGGUUUAGACUUUAUAGAAAGAAUCAUAAUCUGUAGCUAACAGUAGAGGUAAGGACUAGAUCUGUUAUUCAUUGCUAGAAGGAAGAUGAAUUUCCCUUUCCCAAUGCAGGUAUGCAUCCUCUCAACAACUGACAGUCUUAAGGAAUUGCCAAGAUACAGAGAGGUAAGGGACUUAAACAGAUAUUGUAUGUGAAAGGGAGAAAUUGAGUCCAAAUGUUCUUGGCUUCAAGGCCUACUUUUUACCCACUACUCCAGAAUUGCCAAACUGGCAGCCUGAAGACUCAGUAAUGCUACCUGAAACAGAUUAAAAUGUAAUUUGGAAAUGUUUAAUAAAAUCAAUAAAAAUAUAGUAACUACAAUAUAUAGAUAACAUUAGUUUGUGGUUUUCUAAGUCAACAUGCGUCCCACAGGAAUCAUUUCUGUUUGAGUUUGAUACAGCUGCACUAUACCAUGCUGCUUCUCUAUUAUAGCUAACUAUUAUUGAUAACUAAUUUGCUAAAUUUAAACUUUUUUUUAAUUGAGUAUGAUAAUCUAUACCCCUCUUUUUAAAAAUCUGUACUUGAAGUCCCAGUACCUUUUGCACAUGGUGAUCAAAGGUUGAAAUAAAAACUUAGAACUACAUUAAAAUCACCAUUUAAUUGUUUGGCAAACACUUCAUUUGUAGUUUUCAUAUGUGUUUAAUUUUUCUUUUAAAUUGAUUUUGCUCAGCAUUUUUAAUAUUAAAUACAGCCAACUUUUGAAGUUCUUACUCUUUUUGUGUUAUAGUAAUGGCGAGGUUCUUAACUCUUUUUGUGUUAUAGUAAUUGCAAGAAUAUUAUAAAAUACCCAAAUUAGUGACUUAAAAAAUUAAAUAGUUGUAUAUAGACCUUGCUAUGUGCUCAUGACCGGAUUAUAAGUGUGGUUGAUUGUUUGAUUUUGUGAAGUCAGUCCUAUUAUAAGUCUUGUUUGUAUUGAUAUAUUGAAUAAUUUACACUGUCAAUGUACAAGUGCUUUUAUUUGUACAGUAAACAAUGGUCCAAGUCAUCUUAAGAAUUUUUUUUUUAAGAAAUAAACAUCCAAAUAGCUUUCUGUAAAGUUUUGCAUUAUACAAAAUCUGUUAACAUACAUAUUAUGAGAUGCUACAGUACAUAAAAACAGUGCAGUACUUCAUCUAGUACUAAAAAACUGCCAGAUUAUAAAUGUCAGGCAUUGCAUUCUAUGUUAAGGUGACAACAUAGAUAUUUUCAGUUCCAGUGAUAAGGAAGUAUGGAACCAUCUUAAUGAGCAGUCUUAAUUUUGUCCAUCUCAAACUUAAUGCCAAGGAAUUGGAUUGUGCUUUUUCAAACUUUGUAAGCAUGCAUUCAGCAAGCAAAGUAGCACAAAAUCAAAAGUGAAUUUAUGAACUAUGAAUAUUUGCCCACAUGUAUUUGUAUUUGUAGAAGGCAUUUUCUCCAUGUAAUAAAUGGAUGGGAUUCAUUGUGAUUUAUACUUUGUGCAUCAUUUAAAAAUACUAAAAUUAAUUUUUGUGAUUAUUCUUUAAGUGAAAUAGAGAAACCAAAUGAAAUGUAAUCUUGCACGUUGUCACUCAGAUUAAUUAAACUUUAAUAAAUUACUUGUAAGAAACUAGA